UCUACAAUGUUGCUCAAAUGUGUGAGUCUCGUUGCAUGUCUCUCGAUAGCACAAGGACAGCUAACAGACCAGGCCUUAAAGGGGCUGGACCCUUCCCUUCGGUCGAUUUUAUCUGAGAUUAUACGGCGGAUCGAUGAUCUAGAACAGCAACACAAUGCCGAUAGGCAAGUGAUAUCAAAACUCGUGCGAAGAGUAAGAGAUCUAGAGACGAGCCAUAUAAAGGGUCUGCGGCAAGUAGCGGAAAUAACCGGCAACUCAGACAAGGUGACGAAAGGAAACCAACACCUAAACCAUUAUGUGGACAAGCUCCCAGUAUCACUCUCUGGUCCCAACAAAAGUACUAGUGAUGAUUACUUUAAAAUACAGAUUCCAACAGGAAAUGAAAAUGGGCCUUCUGGUCUCUGGUUGGGCAAGAACGAUGCGAAACCAAAGACAAGAGUGGCGCUUCGGGAUUCCCCGACAGCUGCGCCAAUCACAGCCGUGGCAUUCUAUGCCGUUCUAGGUCACGAAAUACCGGAGACGAGCCAGAACAGUGUCAUUUUAUUUGAGAAUAGUGUGACAAAUGUUUGUGGACACUAUAGCCAGUUCACUGGAACGUUUGUGGUUAUCCAGGCUGGAGUUUACGUUUUCCACUGGACUGUCAAGACCGACUUCAAUUCCUGGAUUAUCAGCGAACUAGUACGAAACGGAAGUGUUUUGGGGACGAAUCUGAGUGAAUAUCCUAACCCUGGAUCGGCGAUAGCUAUAGCUUCACUGGAGAGUGGAGAUCGUGUCUGGGUCAGAAUCGGGUCGAAAAAGGCGGCAGCAGAAAUUCAACCAAUAUUUACCACAUUUUCUGGAUUUUUACUGCGAGCAACCUGAUGGUUAGCAUGUUAGUUACUGAACAUAGACGUGUAGAAAUGGCGCACAUUUUGCUAUCAACAGACCUUAUGAGUGUCUCAAUGAUUCUUGGCCGUCUUCGCCCUGUUAUGCCCCUCAGAUGGGAUGAUACUAAGUGGGGGAGCGGUAACACGGUAAGUUAAACUCAGUAUUCCUUCUUACAUAACGUAGAAUGUGACUUAUGGACAAGUCGACGGGGUGUCCGAGGGUAUUCCGAAUGUAUCAGGUCACCUACCCGAUAGAAAUGCCAUACAGAUUUCGAGUUUCUGCAAUGUUCAGAUUUUUCUUAAUAUUUUGUCGCCUUCGAGUGUUUAUAUCGCGUUUUCUCCAAAAUUGACGGCUUCCAAAUUAAGUAUGUAUUCCGAACAUGAAUUGAAGUCAGAAAUAAUGUAAAUAGUUUUAAACGGCAAAACCACGUUCAUUUUAUCAAAGUAAUUCAUUUCAAUUUCGUUUUCAAUGUAUUUUAUUAUUUAAAUAGUGUUUUCACAUUUUUCGCCAUUAAAAUGAACAGUAAUAGAGGUUGAGUUUUUUCUUUCUUUGGUGUUGAUUGAAUGUAGUGUUAAUAAAAAGAAUACGAUGACCUGUAGCUAUUUUUUAUUUUUUAUUAUUAUUUUUCAAAAUAUGAGCAGUUGAGCACAACUGAGAGCUUUCAUUUUGUUACACACGUAGCAUCUGAAACCAAACCAAUCAGCAUUUUACUUAAAAUCGAAGUAAAAAUACCAUAAUCUUAGCAGUUUUUGACAUGAAAAAUAUGAGGAGCAUAAAGACCGUGCUUCACAUAGCGCGAUUUACAAAUUGCCCGACGUUCAUGAUUUUACGAGAUCUCGUAUUGCUGCAAAAUUGCAAAAAUGAAAUGUAUUAUCUAAAUUUUCCCCCAAAAAAUACUUUGAGGGAAAACGCGGGACAUUCCGUCGACGCGUCCAUAAGCCACAUUCUACGUUAUGUAAGAAGGAAUAAUGAGUUUAACUUACCGUGUUACCGCUUACCCGCUUCAAGAUUGAAACCCCUAGCCCCACUUAGCAUCACCCCUGUCUGUGGGGUUUAAUCGGAUGGACCUGUCCAUCGGAAAUCUUUGUUAUAGUAUAUGUUAUUGUUUAUAAAUAUCCGUUCUUCUUCCAAUGGACUAGUGUACAAGUGAAGGGAUUUAUCAGA